CACAUUCACACCCACAUUGACUCACACACACGGACAUCAGAGCUCGGUGGACGGGCACCUGACUGAAGCAGCAGACACCCCAACCCCAACCCCACUCGCACACACAUCAUCAGUACAGCAAGCGAACCCUUCAUUAUAAAACAAUGCCCUCAAUUUCUUUUCACAGGAGAGCAGCUGCCCCUACUUGUCUGCCUGACUCUUUAAGUGCACGAACUCACGGACGAACGCGUCCAGUGCGCCGUGCACAAGGCAGGCACGACAGACACAAGGAAGGCGUGACAACACAGAGAAAACUCACAUCUUCUCAUCGGUACGGGCGGAAGGCGAUGUGAGUUGGACAACCACCUGCAGAACAACACAUGUACAGCCGUGAGAGGCAAAGGAUUCGGCUGGGGCCGAGAAUGGCUGUCUGCCCGGUCACUUACGUGUCGAGUUGAGUAGAAGGUUGUCAGCAGUUGGGUUUCCCGCCCAGACCGGGGUACUUGAUCUUCCAGCACUUCUUCCCGCCGAACCAGGGGAUGCAGUGCUUCUUGCGGCAUUCACACGGCUUCUUUUGGAAGACAGCAAGUGCAGCGGCCUUGUAAGCGUGGCACUCUGGCGUGGAACACGACGCUCCAGGGAGGUCCCUCAUGAAGUGAAAGUCGCUGAAUCAUUCAUGAAACAGUCACAGACAGACAGACAGACAGACAUCGCCAUGGGAGAAUGCUCAAGUGCUGUGCUGCUUGCCUUCUCCCCUUUCCCCUCCACCAACUCACCAGCCGCACUUGUGGUAUCCAUGUUGGUUCAGACAUCGGUCAUGCUCCUUGCACACGCAGUCCACACCGUCACGACAGUCCAUCACGGGGCAUGGGGUGCCCACACCACAGCCACGGCUGUAUCCACACCAGUUGCCGUAGUUCGCCAGACCACUCGUCGGCACAGCCGCAGGAGCGACAACCACGGCGGUGAGCAGCAGCACCUUCCAGUUGAACUGCAUCAUCAUUGUGAAAGCACUCCCGACAGAUGAUUCAGGUGAUGAGAGGGGGGGGGGGAAACUGUCAUUAACCGUAACACUCGUCUGUGUGUCCGUGAUACUCAUACAAAUACAGUCCCAUCAGCAUGCAGAGUCAAACAGGCUCAAGGGGAGGAGAGAUCAAUCCGCGCCCCAUCAGC